UAUAAACGUCACCGAAACAUCAACAAAAUGAAAAUUAUGUAUUCUUUUAAAUAUUUUACUCCACCUUUUAAUUUACAUACGAUUUCCUUUCAACAAAACAAUGCAGAAUCCCAAAAUAAUCCUUUUAUUUAGCGGUAAAAGAAAGUCUGGCAAAGAUUUUAUAUGUGAACAAAUAAAAAACAUACUCAAAGAAGAAUGUGAAAUCGUACGAAUUUCGGGACCUCUGAAGAAGUUAUACGCUAAAAAUCAUCAACUGGAUUUCAAGGAACUGAUGGGUGAUGGUCCGUAUAAAGAAAAAUACCGAAUUGAUAUGAUAAAUUGGAGUGAUGAAGUUCGUAGUGAAGAUCCAGGGUACUUUUGUAGGGCUGCUUGUAAGGAUGCUAAAAUUACUCCAGUUUGGAUAGUUAGUGAUAUUCGAAGGAAAACUGAUAUUAAUUGGUUUAAAGAGAAUUUUAAAAAUUUAUGUGUACUGAGAAUUUAUGCUGAAACAGAUGUACGAAUAGCUCGUGGAUACAAAUACACUGAAGGCAUAGACAACGUAGUAUCUGAAUGUGAUUUGGAUGAUUUUGAGCACUGGGAUCUACAAUUAUCCAAUAAUAAUUCUGAUGAAAGCAAAAAAGCUGUUGAACAAAUUAUAGCAAUUACAUCAGAACGCAUUAAGUAAUAUUUUUUAUAUAAAUAAUUAUUCAUUCAAUAUUUAUGUUUAGAGCCUUCAAAUAAAACUCAUAUAUUUUGAAAAGAUUUGUUUAUUAGAAAAAAAAACACAGUUUGUCAUCCAGAAUAUAAUUAUACCAAAAAAAAACGUCAGACUUUCUGUAAUAUCUUAAAAAAAAUGCAACAGUUUUGUAAAACC